UCCCUCCUUUUGCACUCUUUGGUUUGAGCAUCUCAGAUUUCCGGGAGCCCCUGAAGGCGGCGCAGCCACAUCCUUCAUUUACCGGACCGGAGACACGAGCGGCGCCGUGAAGUCUUCACACACCAACCGGAGAGGAUAACACACAGCGCUUACAUUCACCAGAUGAUGUUGAUGUUGCUGUUGCUCCUCGCCGGGAGUUUGUCCGGUGGCGACGGUUCGGACUGCGGGCCCGUCACCACGGAGACCAACAGCGCGGCGCGUUUACUGUCGGCCGUGGUGGACCCGCAGAGAGCCGAGCAGGGCCAGAGGCAACACCUGGAGGCCCUGUUCAACAGAUAUGGAGAAAACGGCACCAUCUCUCUGGCCGGUUUAAAGCGUCUGUUACAGAACAUGGUUCUGUAUCGCAUCAGGACUGAUAGGGUGCAACAUCACGAAGAACCGGGCCACCACGAUCACCACCACCACCAUCAUCAUCACCAUAACCACGAUCACCACCAUCACAACAACAACAACUCCCAGAGACACGCUGAACCCUCUCAGCCCAGAAAGCUUCCAGAAACGUCUGAAGUGUCUAUAGACCCGGACAGCCGCCACAUCCCGCACAGUAAGAGGACCACGGCGGGGGCUGAGGGCACCGGCACCACAGCGGUGUACAGCGGCCAGCUGGUGGUUGAACCAGACGUAGCGCCUAAGGGACAAAACGGCAGUCCUGCAGCGGAGGAGACUACUGCCGGGCUGACCGCCACCGAAAGCCAGACAUUGGCGGCUGCAGUCACCCGGGACGACCACGACCACGAACACGACCAUGAGCACGAACAUGAUCACGAACACGGUCAUGGUCACAACCACAAGCGAAGCGUGGACAGUGCGGAGUGUCUGAACGCCUCCACCAUCCUGUCGUCACACGGGAUGUUUCAGGGAGUGGACGUGACCCUCGCUGACUUCAGUUUCCUCUGCCCCGCCCUCCUCAACCAGAUUGACGGCGGAGCGUGCAUCCUGCACGGAGGCGCCGCAGAUGACGCGGAGACGGACCAUAAACACAGUCAUGGCGACCACAACAACUCGGAGCACGGCCACAGGGAGAGCCCUGCUGGAGAAAGUGACAAAAACAUUGCAAUAGCGUGGGUGGGAGGCUUCGUCUCCAUCACCAUCAUCAGCCUGCUCUCCCUGCUCGGCGUCAUCCUCAUCCCGCUCAUGAACAGAGUUUUCUUCAAGUUCCUCCUCAGCUUCUUGGUCGCGCUGGCCGUCGGCACGCUGAGCGGCGACGCCUUCCUUCAUCUCAUCCCCCACUCUCAGGGAGGCCACCAUCACCACCACAAGGAUGAAACGGGGCUGGGCGUGGAGGGACAUCACCUCCACGAUGAGCAGGAGGAAAACCUGGACGCCGUGUGGAAGGGUCUGACGGCUCUGAGCGGGGUCUACAUCAUGUUCCUCAUCGAACACUUCCUCACCCUGGGGAAAAUGUACAAGGACAAGAAACAAAAGAUCCAGAAGCAGUGGGAUCAGAAGGACAAAGCGGAUCCAGAGAAGCAGCCAGCUCUGGAAGAGAACGACCUGAAGCCAUCUGAAGACGUGGAGACUAACGGCGCGGGUAUUUUUGGCGACCACUCCAUCAACCUGCACGGCGCCAGCGUGGCGGAGGAGGAGCAGGUGAUGCUGGCGCCGCAGUUGUCGGCCGCCCCCUCGCCGCAGGGGUCUGCCGCCUACACCGCCGAGGACUGCGAGAACAAGUGCCACUCCCACUUCCACGACACGGUGGGCCAGACGGACAGCAGGCACCACCAUCACCACGACUACCACCACAUCCUGCACCACCACCACUCCCAGAACCACCACCCCCACAGCCACUCCCACUCCUACUCGGAGGAGCACUUCCAGCAGGCCGGCGUGGCCACGCUCGCCUGGAUGGUCAUCAUGGGGGACGGGCUGCACAACUUCAGCGACGGCCUGGCCAUCGGCGCUGCCUUCACCGAGGGGCUGUCCAGUGGUCUCAGCACGUCUGUGGCCGUUUUCUGUCACGAGCUGCCGCACGAGUUAGGUGACUUUGCGGUGCUCCUGAAGGCCGGUAUGACGGUGCGCCAGGCCAUCCUGUACAACGUGCUGUCGGCCAUGAUGGCGUACCUGGGAGUGGUGAUCGGCAUCGUGAUCGGACACUACGCGGAGAACAUCUGCAUGUGGAUAUUCGCCCUCACAGCCGGACUCUUCAUGUACGUGGCUCUGGUGGACAUGGUGCCGGAGAUGUUGCAUAACGACGCCGGGGACCACGGCUUCAGCCACUGCGGCUUCUUCCUGCUGCAGAACGCCGGCAUCCUGCUGGGCUUCUGCAUCAUGCUGCUGAUCGCCAUUUUCGAGCACAAAAUCCAGCUGGACCUGGGCUACUGAGGGACCAGCGUUUGGUCCUGAGCUCCGUGUGUGUCUCAGUGUCUCCGUCAGAAGUGUACUGUGUCUUUUUGUUGUUGUUGUUGUUGUUGUAGACUGUCCAGUCGCCUUGAUUUAGUUUCUAUUGUCCACACGGUGUAGGGAGACGUAGAAACGCAGAAAUCGAAUGUUGUCGUAGCGGAAGCAGAAGUUAAAAAGCUGCAGCGGCUCUGACGUUUUGCCGCUCAAACUCAUUAGGAGUAAAAAAUAAUAACUGAAGAAGUUGUUUUUUAUUUUCUUAGACUGCCGUUAAAAACAUUAAUUUCUCCUUUUGGCAACAAACUCAUGAA